CCUCAUUGUCGUCAACUGUCUCUUCAAAGCACGCGCUCACACUAACUCUUGUAUUUACUAUUUCCCUAAUAAUCGACCGUGCCGUUCAGUCUCUUUCUGUUUCUCCCAUUUACAUACACCUUCUCUUAUACCUCUCUCCAUCCUUCACCAUUCUGACUCGACACUUCAUAUACUCUUAAUUAUCAUAAUAUCACCACAUUAAUUAUAUUUCGCUUCGCCACUCUGUCAGCAACUCGGCGACAACACCCAAUUCGUCUUAUACAUUUAUACCCUCCAACACAUGGCACCACUUCAGACCGCAAAAGAGUGGUUGAGGAGAAGACGUGGCAAGAACAGGAAGAAUGCAGGCAAUAAUAACAUUCCAAAGCCAUUUGUCCCUGGCAUCGGAUACCCACCACAGCGAAACUCCUCACAACCUACACUUAUCCCUUACGUCCCCCCUGCAGCUGGUUCGUCCUCUGAUAUCGAGUCAGAGACAGAACAAGAGUCUAACACUGAAUCAUCAACCAGAACGGUCCCCACACACGACAUGGUGAGUGCAGCGACUACCACCUGUCUAGCAAUAUCGGCUCGAUCAGCAGCCUUGCUUGAGGCCCAUGUUCCAGACGAAUACGCAGAUGAUUUCGGUCGUUUUGGGAAGGAAGGUCAACGCCUUUCUAGCUCAGACACAACAUCAACGCUUGUUCCUCCCUCGUUCCCACUUCGACCCUCUUCUUAUCAACCACCAUCGCUCGCAAAGGGCGCCCUGCUCCCUCAUAAUAAACAAGGGUCUCAUACAUCCUUGCCAGCACAGAUGCCACUUGAUAAGGCUGGCCUCAUGGACUUGACAAGCUGUCCCCAAUUUGGCCCAGCUCGCCAUAAUCUAAACUGGAAUUCAAACCACCCCGUCAAUAGGUUGAUGCCAGAACAGAAGCACCUAUCAAAACAGUUUGGAGCCUCUACAGAGACCUUAGUACCACUAGAGUCCAGGGCGCAAGAGUAUGCCAGGUCUGUCAAGACACUGUGGCAGUUAAUGGAAGAAGAGCGGAUAGUUCAAAGACUUACAGAAGCUGCUAAAAGGAAGAGUUCUGAAUCACCAAAAACUACUGCUUCGCCCGCUCCUACUCCUGAUGUGCGGUUGACCUCUGAGAACACUCGGGCUCGUGGUGGCCUUGCCCGUGUAGAGCCGAAGCUCACGCCUAUAGAGGAAGUCGUCCACCCUUCAGAGGAAAGCCAACCAGUCAAAGAGAAGCAAUCCAAAACUGUGACCUUCCAGCAUCGCCAAAGCUGUCCGCUUGCGGCGACCCUCUAUACUGAGCAUGGGCAGAUCCAUCUUGCUGAAAGUGUUGAUGGUCAAGCGCAGCCUGUGACGACAUCGCUUCCUAAUAGCCCAACAGUCUCUCCAGUCGUGUCUGCCUCCGAACUCGAACUCGCCAAAGAGGCGAGACGGAGUACACUUCUUUCGCCCACGGUUAUACAAUCUGCAAAAGAACUUCAAAAGCGCGAUCAUUAUACCAUCCAACAACGUGUAGAUAUGGAAGAGGACUGGCGGUUGAAAGCCAGGCUCCUCCAAAGUGCAAGUGAACACACGGACCGCGCUGCUGGCGUUAGACGAAUUCAUGAGAAGUUACUUGCAAGACAGCGCCUUCAACGAGAACAAGCCAUUCCUGAGUAUGAACCUACUCAUAAGGACUUUAAUCGAUGGUUCAACCUGAAAGAAGAGAUUGACGACGCUCUUGUGCCAGAUCUAAUCAAUGAUGAUGUCCGCGGGUUUGACCUGAAAGAGGAGUUUGAGUACGAAGACGAAAAGCGUGAGAGGGAGCAAAGGGAACGUGAGGAGAAGAAGAGACGCGAAAUUGAAGAGCUGGAACAUGAGCUAGACAUUUUGGGUCUUGAAAGAUUCGAUGGCCUUUGCAUGAGUUUUGUUGAGUCGGAUGGGCCAUCCGAAAAGACGUCAGAUGAACAGAAGGAACAACAACUACCUCUUACACCAGAGGAACUUGAGAAACAGAAGCAGGCAUUGCAAGAACAACUCCAACAUCACUACCAACAACUGCAGCUGGAACUCCAGCUUCAACACCACACCUUACGCUCGUCCAACAAGGGGAUACGUAAAAAGAAAUUUGGCCCAGCCAUUGCAGGAGUGGCACCUCCAACGACACCCAACCCAAAUGCUAAUAAUGUAACCAAGCCAACAGCAGCAGCAACAACGACUGCUGCUACGGUUCCAGCCAAGAUAACCCUGCACGAGCCACGACCACUCCGACCCCGAAAUGGUCGCAAGCUCUUUUCAAACGAGAACUGCGAUUCGAUGAUUAUUAAUGACACACCCAUAAUGACGGCCACGGCCCCUUAGAACUGUUGGUUCCAUUUUUUUCUACUUAAUAGACCCACAAUGCUAAUGUAGCAUAGCACCGUAAUUAUAGCAUUUAAAAAUUAAUAAAGUAGCUGCGUGUGGU